UAAAUUAUACCUUUGGUACCAAAGACGCACAGCCGGAAGAAGAUCCUUCAGUGGCAGCACGUUUAGCGCGUUUACAAAAUGAUUAUGCGGUAACCGGUAUGAGACGGACUGUAGAGGGUGUGUUGGUGGUACAUGAACAUAAUCAUCCUCAUGUGUUAAUGUUACAAAUUGCAAAUUCUUUUUUUAAAUUACCUGGCGAUUAUUUAAAACCUGGUGAGGAUGAAAUUGAAGGUUUAAAAGCCAGACUAGACGAACGUUUAACACCUGUUGUUACUGGAUACAAUAAUAAUACUUCGACUAAUCAAGAUUGGGAAAUUGGCGAAUGCUUGAGUGUGUGGUGGCGACCAAAUUUUGAGACUUUUAUGUAUCCAUACACUCCGGCACAUGUAACAAAACCGAAGGAACAAAAAAAGAUCUUUUUGGUUCACCUUCCUGAAAAGAAGGUCCUGUCUGUUCCUAAAAAUAUGAAAUUACUCGCUGUUCCACUAUUUGAACUCUAUGAUAAUGCACAACGUUAUGGCCCACAAUUGUAA